AUGCGCUCUGAUUUCCUCCUGGUCAUGGCGGCUACUUUGGGCUCUACCGCCGCCCUCCGUCGCUCCUGCAAGCACACCAAGGCCUCGGAAGGCUGGUAUUACACAACUUCAUCCGAUACACUCGACAUUCUCGCCGCCGACUUCUGCACGUCACCUCAGGUCAUCAAGGAGUGGAACAACAUCCAGAACAUCAAGACUGGUAUGAACCUAAAGGUGCCGUGCCACUGGAACGCCGGCAAACAGCGAGACUGCGCCAAGAAUUCGGCGUAUGAUGGCGCUUACGUGGUCGUGUCCGGCGACACCCUUAACAAGAUCGCCUAUGACUUCUGUACGACUGCGGAUGUGCUGCAGCAGAAGAACUCGGGCCUGAUCAAGAACAAGGAUCUGAUCUACCCCGACUGGGUCAUCCAAGUUCCUUGCAGCUUCAACUGA